AUGUCUUCCGUUAAAAAUAUAUUGAAUCAGGAGAAACACGCAGAGUUGGCUACAGAUCUCGCUGCGUCUCCUACUCAUUUGCCUUCUCCUGCUGGCAGCAGUUGCUCUCCUGUGCACAGUGACACCGACUGCGAUUCGGACUCAAGUCAUAGUGUCCCGGCCUCUUCUGCUGUUGCACCACCGCAACCAGCACAGCCGGCAACAUGCUCGGCUGAAAAACCAUUGCCUUGUCAAUGGACCGACUGCCAGGAAUUGUUCGAAAGCGCAGAGUUUUUAUACCAUCACUUGUGCCAGGACCAUGUCUCUAGGAAGUCAAGAAACAACUUGCAACUUGCUUGUCAUUGGGGCGACUGUAAAGUCAAGACGGAGAAAAGAGAUCAUAUUACUUCGCAUUUGAGAGUCCAUGUCCCGUUGAAGCCUUUUGCAUGUCCAACGUGCGUAAAGAAGUUCAAGAGGCCACAGGAUUUGAAAAAGCAUUUGAGAAUCCAUAUCACUACUGGCUCAGAGGUGAGGAUCAAGAAGAAAAGAGGUCCAAAGUCAAAGAAAGAGAAAGAACUGAUAUUGCAACAACAACAAUUACUUCAACAACAACAGCAACAGCAGCAACAGCAGCAACAAUUUCAAGGAAACCAAUACCCAAGAAAGUACAAUGACUAUUUAACACCAACUGUAGAUGUACAAGCUUAUUUGCCAAAUGAGUUGCUAGAGAGCACCCAUGCACCAACAAAGAAUCAAUUGUUGAACAAGUUACAAACGAUUUUACCACCUAUCUCAAGUACGUUACCUGCAGGCUCUAAUUAUGCUUCAGGAUACCCACGUGCUUUUAAUCGCAGGGAUGCUGCUAUGUUCUUCACAGAUUUAUCAAAGUCUAUUACCAACGCUAUAAAACCACAAUUGAACAACACUUACACAAACGUAACUGCUUUUCAAAACAAGAUCCCAAUGCCAAACUCAUUGGCUACUAAUGCAGGUUAUCCAAAAAUAAGAUCAUAUUAUCCACCAAGUAACAAUAUGAUGAGCCCACCUUUAGCAUCUUUACCACAAAAUAGUCAAUACCUUAUAAGCACUUCACAACCUGUCAGCAAUUACAGAACCUUCCAAAAAAAUGCGAUAUUGCCACCAAUUUCUCAAGUUGCUUCAUUACCAACCUCCUCACAAUACGGCAAUAUGUCAGAAUUGCCUAGCCUAUCAACAGUUGGAAAUAACUCAAUCAUACACCCAACACCACAUAACUCAAAUAACGUUGGUAAUGAGCCACCAAAAUUCGAAACGUUCAAGAGAGAAGUUUUCAGCACUACUCAAAAAAGUUGCGGCAAAAUGCAUGAUGAUGAGAAUGAUGAACCUGCUCUAGUAGAGAGCUUCUCUGGAUUGUCAGUGGAUGUCCGAAAUAAUGAAGAUGAUGAAGAUGAUUAUUUUGAAUGCUUGAAAACAAUUAAUGAAAUCAGAGAAUAUUUGAUAUGUUCCAUGUUAGAAGAUGAUUUCGAGGGGGAAUGGGAAAAUACGGAAAAUGGGUCAAGUAUUGUUAAAAAUAAUAUUAUUGGUAGUUUAAGUUUACCAAGGUAUCCAAAAAUUAUAGUUUAA